UCGCACACGUCACCUGUCAUCUUGGUAGCAGCAGCAGCAGAAGCAACUUGUUUCCACUAAAACUAGUUUGAGCCGUCGUCAGGGGAAGUGAAGUCAGCGCCUGUUCAACAUGGACGAAGACGUGUUGACGACACUGAAACUGUUGAUAAUUGGAGAAAGUGGAGUCGGGAAGUCCAGUCUCCUUCUGAGGUUCACAGAAGAUACGUUCGAUCCGGAGCAGUCGGCCACUAUAGGUGUGGACUUCAAGGUGAAAACCCUCGCUAUAGAUGGGAACAAAGCAAAACUCGCCAUAUGGGACACAGCUGGACAGGAAAGGUUUCGCACCCUGACUCCCAGCUAUUACCGUGGUGCACAAGGAGUUAUUCUGGUUUAUGACGUCACAAAGCGCGACACUUUUACCAAGCUUGAAAACUGGCUGAAUGAAUUAGAAACCUACACCACACGCAAUGACAUUGUGAAAAUGCUGGUCGGGAACAAAAUAGAUAUGGACGAUCAUGAAGUGGACAGAAAUGAAGGCUUGAAAUUUGCGAGGAAACACUCCAUGCUUUUUAUUGAGGCUAGUGCAAAGACCAAAGACGGGGUCCAGUGUGCCUUUGAGGAGCUUGUGGAGAAGAUCCUCCAGACUCCAGGGCUGUGGGAGAGUGAAGGCCAAGGCCAGAAGGUCCGUCUGGGGGACCAGCAGGAGGGCGGCGGCAGGGCAUGUGGAGGAUACUGCUCUAUACCCUGAAACUGAGAAAAAAUGAAAACUAAGCACCAGCUUGAAAGGAAUGACUACGGACUAGAACCAGAGAGGAAAAGAGAAGGAGAGAUGGAGGUGGAUAAGUACUUAUUAUUAAGGUUGGAGUAGUUCUGUUGGUCAAAUGGACUUUGCUGUUUGUACACUUCCUUUUCAACCUGUCAUCUCUCCUGUCACUACUUUCUGUUUAAAACAUGAAUGAAAGAAUCAUUUGGGAAGGAUAUCUUAUAGUAUUAUUAAGCAUAUUCCAAAUGAAGCUCACCAUGCCAAGUGUAAGUUUGUCAUACCAGUACAUGUCUGGUUAGAAUUGAUCUGAUAGGCAGCAGUGAUUCUGUUGUACAUUAGGGGAUCAGGUUAAUAGGGUCGUGCCUGUAACGUGAACUAAUUUGUCUCUUAAGGUAUAUAGCCUGUCAAAUUUAAUUCAAAAUGACAGAAUAUAAUCAAUAUGGAAGUCUGAUAGAGAUCUCAUUUACCUACAAGAAAAUGCUUGUCUUGCUUGCGCUUUGUGAUUUGCAAACGUGCAAAAUAAUAAAAGUUUAUUUAAAACAUAUCACAUCUCCCUGACUGAAGAUGGUAGUGAAGGAGACUUCAGUCUCUCAUGACGCGGCAGGAAAGGUGUGGAUGAUCCCAAAGAUGACAUCUCACAAUGGAUCACUGUUACAGACUCCAGUUUUAAUUUUAAUACAAAUUAUUCGGUAAAUGUAAAUUUCCUAAAUGCUUAAAAAAAGUAGAUGCUUUCAAAUUAAAUGUUUUCAUCUCUAAAAUAUGCAACACAAUCAAUUUUAUUUAGGUUUUUCUGCAACCAAACCUGUUUUUUGUUUUUUCCCUCUGUCUCUGAAGGCUGAUCUAGAAGAAGAAGAACAGUAUUUCGAGCUCUCAAUUCAAUUCACUUGAGCUCACUGUUAUUCUGCUUCUAGGUGUUUGUCCUCAAACUCAUUCUGUAAGUCUUUCUUUAUUUUGUGUGUUGUUGUGGUCCAUACAAUGUCCCACUGACUUGCUGAAGGCAUUUCUCACACAUCGUUGUAGGAGUAUUCCUGAGAGCCUUGUUUUUUUUCUUAUCAGUGGUAUAUAUUUGAUGUAUUCUUUGCUAUUUGUUUGACCUCUAUUUUUUCUUAAUUGACCCUUUCCCCGUCUUUUACCCCAUUACGUCUCCCCGCAUCUGUUUGAACGAUAAGCAGUAAUAUGUUAAACUGAUAUCUGCCUUAACAUUGAAUGAUAUUCACUAAAGUUAUGGUCGUAACAUUUGUAUCGUUUCAAAAUGAAAUAAACGACUGCCCCGAGAUGCCGUCA